CAGUGUGACAAGAGCUGUAGUCUUUAUAGGCAUGCUGUCUCCAGCCAUUCGUAUAGAAAUAUAACAAAGCGGAUGCCAGUGAGGCCUCGGAGGGCGAUGGGAGGGAGCGCAGGUGAGCCGACKUGAGCGCGCGGCACGUGGGAACUCUGGUCUCACUCCCACCAAAUCCGCUUUUUGACAGUUUGAGGGCAGACUCCGGGGCGCAGGCAGGGAGGGACAUGUCAGGGGACGGCAUGACAGCUGCGCGAGGAGCCCACUCAAACAACGCGAGUCCCGCUUCACCCAAGGAGAACGGACAGCCGGCUCAGCCCAACUUUCCCCAUCCCUCAGACGCGAGCCCAGCCGCCGCGGACCCGUGCUCAACAACGGGCGAGCUGACCCAAACCUGGGUCCACUUUGUGAAAACAUUCGUGCUCAUCUUCCCCAUAUACGUUCUGGGCUAUUUUGAGUUUAGUUUCAGCUGGCUGCUGAUUGGACUUUUUAUCUUUUUCUGCUGGAGGAAGAUCACCGGAGGGAAGCACACCCGGCUGAGCCGAGCUCUGGCUUUCCUUGACCAAGAAGAGGAGCGAAGUGCCAAGCAGGGUCUCUCAAUCUCUGAUUUACCACCAUGGGUCCAUUUCCCAGAUGUGGAGCGAGUGGAGUGGAUAAACAAGACGGUGAGACAGAUGUGGCCCUACGUCUGCCAGUUUGUGGAGAAACUGUUCCGCGAGGUGAUCGAGCCGGCCGUGAAGGAUUCCCACGCCCAGCUCAGCACCUUCUGCUUCAGCAGGAUUGAUAUUGGGAAUAAACCCCUCAGGAUCAAUGGGGUCAAGGUUUAUACAGAAAACGUGGACAGGAGGCAGAUUAUCAUGGACCUACAGAUCAGCUUUGCUGGAAACACUGAGAUCGAUGUGGACAUCAAACGCUACUACUGCAAAGCUGGCAUCAAGAGCAUCCAGAUCCACGGCGUGUUGAGGCUGGUGAUGGAGCCGUUGCUAGGGGACAUGCCUCUCGUUGGUGCUCUUUCUCUGUUUUUCCUCAAGAAGCCACUUCUAGAUAUAAACUGGACCGGCCUCACUAAUAUACUGGACAUUCCUGGGCUCAACGACUUCUCCAACAGCCUGAUCCAAGACGUCAUCUACAGUUAUUUAGUUUUACCCAACCGAGUCACUAUCCCACUGGUCGGAGAAGAGAAACUGGCUAAGCUACGCUUCCCAAUGCCAAAGGGAGUCCUAAGGAUUCACUUCCUGGAGGCCCAGGAUCUGGAAGGAAAAGAUCAGUUUCUGGGAGGGCUGAUCAAGGGCAAGUCCGACCCUUACGGUGUCCUGCAGGUCGGCAACCAACUGUUUCACAGCAAAACAAUAAAAGAGAGCCUCCAUCCCAAGUGGAACGAAGUUUAUGAGGCUCUGCUGUACGAGCCCUCUGGUCAACACCUUGAGAUUGAGCUGUUUGAUGAGGAUCCAGACAAGGAUGAUUUCCUCGGAAGCCUGAUGAUUGAUUUGACUGAGCUACACAAAGAGCAGAAGGUUGAUGAGUGGUUUGAACUUGAAGAAGCRCUUACAGGAAAACUCCACCUAAAAUUGGAGUGGCUUUCUCUGUUCUCCACUCCAGAGAAGCUGGACCAGGUGCUGCGAAAUGUGCGCGCGGACAGAAGCCCGAGCAGUGAUGGCCUGUCGUCAGCUCUGCUGGUGGUCUAUCUGGACUCAGCUAAAAACCUCCCUGGUGUCUUCACAGGCAGCUUAGGCUGCGGGAACUUAAGUGAGAGGAGAGCAUCUGGUUUAAUCUUUUGUGAAAGCAAUACAACUGAGYGUAGAACCAUUUUUUCAACCAAGAAGUGCAGCAGCGAACCUAACCCGUAUGUGCAGUUCAUUGUUGGUCAUAAAAUGCUGGAGAGUAAGGUCCGCUUCAAGACCAGGGAACCUCUGUGGGAGGACUGCUUCCCCUUCCUCAUCCACAAUCCCAAGAGGCAGGAGCUGGAGGUGGAGAUAAAAGAUGACAAGCACAAAUGCACGCUGGGUAACUUGAGGGUGCCUUUGAGUAGCCUGCUGACGGAGGAGAACAUGACGCUGACUCAGUGCUUUCCCCUGAAGAACUCGGGGCCCAACUCCACCGUCAAACUAAAGAUGGCUCUGAGGAUCCUCUCCCUGGAGAAGCAGGUACCUUCAGACCUGCCCUCGUCUGUCCAGGUCAGGAAGUCCAGUGUCCCGCAGACAGUCUCAGUUCCCUCCCUGAGCCUGUCUUCGUCAGAAUCGCCGCCUCCUUCUUCCACGUCGCUGCAGCCCAUCCACGCCUCCACGCUCACCCUGCAGGACCCGGACGGCGAGCCGUACUCGGCCAGCCCUCGCCAGAGCACGACCAACCUGAGAGCCUGCAUUUCCAGCUCCCAGAAGCACCUUCCUCACCGAGAGUCCACCCCCAGCCUGGCCUCMGACAUCUCUCUGCCCGCCGCCGCCCUGGAGCUUCAGCAGAGGCUUCGUCACCUGCAGAAUGGCUCCGCCCCCAACCAGUACCCCCUGGGUGAGAUCCAGCUGACGGUUCGGCACAGCUCUCAGAGGAACAAACUGGUUGUGGUGGUGCACGCCUGCCGCAACUUGAUAGCUUUCACCAAAGAUGGUUCAGAUCCCUUCAUACGCCUUUAUUUGCUGCCUGACAAGAGCCGAACAGGGAGGAGGAGGACGAACACAUUGAAGAGGACUCUGAAUCCUAUUUAUGAUCAAAC